AUGGAUCCUUUCGACUCGUCCGAUGAUUCAGAUGACGAUGUUUUCUUUAGGAUGAUGUAUCAUUAUUACACUACCGACUUGCUACAACCAGACCCAGCCUCGCUACUAACAAGACGUGCGAUGUUAAACAGAAAUCGCGAGGAAGGACACGAACAUCUAUAUCGCGAUUACUUUGCGGAUAAUUGUGUAUACGGGGCGAAGGACUUCAAAAGAAGAUUUCGUUUAAGUAGGGAUGUGUUCUUACGAAUCGCCAACGCUUUGGAAAGCCGGUACGAAUUUUUUCAAUUAAGAUAUGAUGCUAGAGGUAGACGCGGGUUUACAACGUUGCAGAAAUGUGCUGCGGCCAUUCGUUUGAUGGCUAUGGGGGAGUCACCCGACACCAUGGACGACUAUAUGAGAAUGUCCGAAAGAACCGCCAGAGAGAGUUUGUAUACAUUGUCAAGGGGUGUUGUUGAAACUUUUGGUGACGUGUAUUUGCGGAAACCUUCGUUGCAUGAUUUGCAAGAAUUGUAUGCGGCGCAUGAAGAACGCCAUGGGUUUCCUGGAAUGAUCGGAAGCAUUGAUUGCACACACUGGAAAUGGAAAAAUUGUCCGGUAGCAUGGAAAGGGCAAUACGCAAGUGGUCAUCACGGAUCACCUUCUUUGGUGUUAGAGGCUGUCGCUUCUCAAGAUUUAUGGAUUUGGCAUGCGUUUUUUGGGGUUGCGGGUUCCAACAACGACGUCAACGUUCUUGAUCAUUCGCCAAUAUUCGACGAUCUUUUGAAUGGAAAAGCCUCGGAUGCUCCUUUCAAGGUGAAUGGAAACGAAUACAAAUAUGGGUAUUACCUUACAGAUGGAAUAUAUCCUCAGUAUUCCACAUUCGUAAAGGCAUUCCGCCACCCGGUUGAAGAACGAGACAAAUUUUUUAAGAGAAGACAAGAAGGAGCAUGUAAGGAUGUGGAACGUGCUUUUGGGGUGCUGAAGGCGAAGUGGCAUAUAGUCGAACAUGCAGCACGACCAUUGGAUUUAGAAACUUUACGAUAUAUUAUGUAUGCGUGUAUCAUAAUGCAUAACAUGGUAGUAGAAGAUAAAGGGCGAAAUAUUGCACACUAUAUCCCAACGGAGCCCAGACACGUUCAGUUUCAACCAGGAACAGCAGAUUAUUUGCAUCGCGUUGUUGACAUUCAGGACGCAAAUAAACACAGACAACUUCGAGAGGACUUGGCGGAUCAUAUCUUCUAUGAUUUUCUUGAAGAAGGCUUACUACAGAGUAAUCAUUUCUUGUUGAACCGAUUUUUUAACUUACUGAAUUGGGUGGAAGAAGGGAGAUUGUGGCCACAUUUUUGCCAUACUGAAAGUCAUGACACAAAGGAUGCCUGCAAAAAGACCUUGACGAAUUGGCGCUUUAGGGGUAUCAGGUUAACUGAUUUGGUUCUUGGGCAACGUUAA